CGAGCCGAUGCUAAGAGGCCAAGGCAGGACGAGGAAAAGGAAGCAGGCAGAUUUUAAAGGGGACGCAGACUUUUUAUUUUUAAAGCGGCUUUCUCCAAUUUCACAACGACAGGCUCUGAGUAGAUUUCCAGAAGCCAAGCACAGCUGGAGCAGCCAGCAUCGCUGCUGCUGGAGGUGGGAGCGCCAAGGGCCGGGAGGAGGCGUGAGAUUGCCCAUCGGAAGGGUGGGGUGGGGUGCACUUGCCCUCUGCACUCCAGGCCCCGGCCGGCUGCGGAGCUGAACAUCUGGGUCCGGGCAGGGACAGCGGGGUCCAGUGCGCAGGUAGCGUGGCCCAUGCGACUGGCCAGAGGGUGAGGCCACGCAGGUAGGGGUGAGACAGAACGGGCCCCUCCCGAGCGGGCCCUGGGCAGCAAGGAGGCCGCCGCGAUGCCAGGCGAAAACAUCUUCCUGUUCGUGCCUAACCUCAUCGGUUAUGCCCGGAUUGUCUUCGCCCUCGUUUCUUUCUACUUCAUGCCUUGCUGCCCGCUCACGGCCUCCUCCUUCUACCUGCUCAGCGGGCUUCUGGACGCUGUCGACGGACACGCGGCUCGAGCCCUUGAUCAAGGAACACGGUUUGGGGCCAUGCUGGACAUGCUGACGGACCGCUGUUCCACCAUGUGUCUGCUGGUCAACCUGGCCCUGCUGUACCCUCGGGCCACCCUUCUCUUCCAGCUCAGCAUGAGCCUGGAUGUGGCCAGUCACUGGCUCCACCUGCACAGCUCCGUGGUGCGAGGCAGUGAGAGUCACAAGAUGAUCGACCUGUCUGGGAAUCCUGUGCUCCGGAUCUACUACACAUCCAGGCCCGCUCUCUUCACGCUGUGCGCUGGAAACGAGCUUUUCUACUGCCUCCUCUACCUGUUCAGUUUCUCCGAGGGACCAUUAGUGGGAUCCGUUGGGCUUUUCCGAAUGGGCCUCUGGAUCACUGCCCCCAUCGCCUUGCUCAAGUCUGUCAUCAGCGUCAUCCACCUGAUCACUGCUGCCCGCAACAUGGCUGCCCUGGAUGCAGCAGACCGUGCCAAGAAGAAGUGAUCCUGGAACCUCCAGCCCUCACCUGCCCGGUGUCUCACAGCGCCACACGGCCCCCUGCCGCUCCCAGGAGGCCCCAGUCUCACGUCUUCCUGUGUUGUGUUCUCCACCCUGUGGAUGGGGUCAGCCUGUCUCUGGUAUUGUCACCAUGUCUGCCAUCCUGUGGGCCCAUCCCUGGGGUCCCCAAGGACCUGGGCUACAAAUGAAGGAUGCUGAGAGCUCCCACCCUUACAGCCGGCUGGGUACCGGGGGCCUCUCUCUGAGGGCUGAGCACCGCCACACCUGCUGCUGGCCGGGCCCUAGGCUCCACCUGGCCUGCGAAUUUAGGGACGCUUGAGUGCCAGCGAUAAAGUAGGAGUUGGCUUUCCAAAAGACCGAGGACCAGACCUCUGUUCCGGGCCAGAUGAAGCCUGGGGCACCGUGCCCGAAAGGAAAGAGGUUGUCGGUCUCCCCGAUCGGCCUGGCCCAGCCCUGGAAGCCUCCGUAAUAAAGGCAGGAGCUUCACUCUUGUGGGUGUGCUUUCCUUGGAGUUCUGGGCUCAGGGUCUGGGUUGAGGGGAACAUGGAGAAAAAGGAAACUCUAUGUGAAUGCCCUCCCCCCCAGUUUUCCUGCUGGCCCCUUCCUGUCACGUGGCACAGUGCCACCCUGCAGAGAGGCCUUCGUGCCACCCGGCUCAUGCUGCACUUCUCUGCCCACCUACUUCGUCUGCUUUUAUUUGUAUUCUGGGUAUUUUCUCCCCCGGCUAGAAUAUGAACUCUGGGAAGGCACAGACUUUUCUUCCUUUCUCUGUGUAGAAUGAAGAUUAACCUUCACCUAGCAUAUUGUAGGCUGCUUAAUAAAUAUUCUUGAAAAGAUCA